GGAAUUAGCUUCAGAUUGUAAAGCAGGGAAGGAAGGAGGGAGGAGGAGGAGGAGAAGGCUUCUACCGCUUCGUCGUUGUAUAUAGUGCAUGUCUUGUCUCAUUUAUUUUGUAGCCAUCCAUCUUUUUCGUGUCAUUUCGCUUUUACGUUGCGUGCCGACGUCCUGUCUACGCAAUAGCAGCGACAAGCUCGAUCCCAAAACAACCAUUGAAGAAGAGGCACAAAAAUGCACAUUUGGAGUAUAGUUUAAUUUUUUUUUUUUUUUUGUAUCUUACUUUUCAUUAGCAAGUCAAGGUGGAGCCAUGGCGGCGCUUUUGUUUCUGCUGAUUCUCCACGCUCUCCCAUCUCUUGUUGUGCCCAUACAUAAUUCAUCAGCUGGAGGCUGCGCCAUCAUUCGGCCACCGAGGGAUGGAGGCAUCCGAUACAGAGGCCUGACACAAGAGCAGAUCCGCAGUGUUCAGAUCCUGCCUGUGGAUUACGAGAUCGAGUACAUCUGCCGGGGGAACCGCGUGAUUGUUGGGCCUAAAGUCAGGAAGUGUUUGCCCAACGGCACUUGGACGGACAUGACACAGCACAGCAGCUGUCUGUUGCUGUGUCCUCGCGUGUGGACGUCUCUGGAGAACGGGCAGGUGACGGUGAGACCCCCAGGCCUGCCGGUGGAGGGCUCGGUACUGCACUACCGCUGCCACGGUGGAUUCGUGCUGGAGGGACGCAACGUCAGCCACUGUACCAAGCUGGGAAAGUGGGAUGCUCCGAAGCCCAUCUGCCUCUAUGACAAAAACAACACAGGCAAGAAGAAGCUGUACAUCGGCGCCCUGUUCCCCAUGAGCGGCGGCUGGCCGGGUGGCCAGGCGUGCUUGCCCUCCGCCCAGAUGGCGCUCGACCUGGUCAACAACCGCAGCGACAUCCUGCCCGACUACGAGCUGGAGCUCAUCCACUAUGACAGCAUGUGUGACCCGGGCGAGUCCACUAAGCUGCUGUACGACCUGCUGUACACGGAGCCCAUCAAGAUCGUGCUAAUGCCCGGCUGCAGCGGCGUCUCCACAAUCGUGGCCGAGGCAGCUCGCAUGUGGAACCUCAUUGUGCUCUCGUAUGGCUCCAGCUCGCCGGCCCUGUCCAACCGCCAGCGUUUCCCCACCUUCUUCCGCACACACCCGUCGGCCACGCUGCACAACCCUACCCGGGUGCAGCUCUUCCAGAAGUGGAAGUGGACCCGCAUCGCCACCAUCCAGCAGACCACUGAAGUCUUCACCUCGACUCUGGAUGAUUUGGAGCAGCGAGUCAAGGAGGCCGGCAUCGAGAUCAGCGUUCGGCAGAGCUUCCUCACCGACCCGGCUGUGGCUGUCAAAAACCUGAAGCGUCAGGACGCCAGGAUAAUUGUGGGUCUCUUUUACGAGACCGAAGCCAGGAAGGUGUUUUGUGAGGUGUUCAAGGAGAAGCUCUACGGGAAGAAGUACGUGUGGUUCCUGAUCGGCUGGUACGCCGACAACUGGUUCAAGAUCAAGGACCCGGCAAUCAACUGCACCGUGGAGAACAUGACGGAGGCCGUGGAGGGUCACGUCACCACCGAGAUCGUCAUGCUCAACCCCGAGACUGUCCGGGGCGUCUCCAACAUGACAUCCCAGGAGUUUUUGGCUGCCUUGAUGUCCCGCCUGGGCGGCAUGAAUCCCGAGGAGACGGGUGGCUUCCAGGAGGCCCCGCUGGCCUAUGACGCCAUCUGGGCCCUGGCGCUGGCCCUCAAUAAGACGGUGGCGCCACUCAAAGCCAAGGGGCGGCGGCUGGAGGACUUCAACUACAACAACAAAGACAUCACGUCCGAGAUUUACCGCGCACUCAACACCAGCUCUUUCGAGGGCGUUUCAGGCCAGGUGGUGUUUGAUGCUCAGGGUUCCAGGAUGGCCAUGACCCUCAUUGAGCAGCUACAAGGGGGAAGCUACAAGAAGAUCGGCUACUACGACAGCUCCCAGAAGAACCUGUCGUGGUUCGGCAACGACAUUUGGAUCGGGGCGGGGCCUCCAGCGGAUCGCACGGUGGUGGAGGAAGAGUACCGCUUCCUGUCGCAGAAACUGUUCGCCGCCGUGUCCGUGUUCGCCGGCCUCGGCAUCCUGCUGGGCAUCGUGUGUCUCACCUUUAACAUCUACAACGGGAAUGUGCGCUACAUCCAAAACUCUCAGCCGUACCUGAACAACAUGACUGCGGCGGGCUGCAUGAUGGCGCUGGCCGCCGUCUUCCCGCUCGGCAUCGACGGACAUCACGUACACCGAUCGCAGUUCCCCGUCGUCUGCCAGUUUCGGCUGUGGCUGCUGGGUUUGGGCUUCAGUCUGGCGUACGGCAGCAUGUUCACCAAGAUCUGGUGGGUCCAUACCCUCUUCACGAAGAAGGACGAUAAGAAGGAGAAGAAGAAGCAACAGCUGGAGCCAUGGAAACUGUAUGCCACGGUGGGCGUGCUGCUGGCUGUAGACUUCCUGUCGCUGGUCAUCUGGCAGAUCGUGGACCCAUUGCACAUCACCGUGGAGAAGUUCACCAGAGAGGCCCCCAAAGUAGACUUGGAUGUUCUGAUCCAGCCUCUGCUGGAGCACUGCAGCUCAGAGAAGAUGAACACAUGGCUGGGUGUGGUGUACGGCUACAAGGGUCUGCUGCUGUUGCUCGGCAUCUUCCUGGCCUACGAGACCAAGUCCGUCUCCACGGAGAAGAUCAAUGACCACCGGGCGGUCGGCAUGGCCAUUUACAACGUUGCGGUGCUGUGUCUGAUCACGGCUCCGGUGACGAUGAUCCUGUCUUCUCAGCAGGAUGCCUCUUUCGCCUUCGCCGCCCUGGCCAUCGUCUUCUCGGCCUACAUCACCCUGGUGGUCCUCUUUGUGCCAAAGAUGCGUCGUCUGAUCACGCGCGGCGAGUGGCAAUCGGAGCAGCAGGACACGCUCAAGACGGGCUCGUCGACCAACAACAACGACGAGGAGAAGUCGCGGCAGCUGGAGAGAGAAAACAGGGAGCUGCAGAAGAUCAUACAGGAGAAAGAGGAGCGCGUGUCGGCGCUGCGCAACCAGCUGGCCGAGAGACAAGCCCUACGCAGCCGCCGCCGCCCGUCGGCGGGCCAGAACCACAGCGCCCCGAUACCGCCCCUGCCGCCGCCCUCGUCCCAGACGGACCCCAAGUCUCUGCUGCCCCCGCCCGGCUACCCCAGCGCCGACAAUCACUCGCUGCCGCCGUCCUUUUCCAACUCGUCCAACUUGUACCCGGCCGAGAGUAAGAUGAGCCGCAACCACUGUCACAACAGCCAGAUCCCGCUCCUCUACAAGUAGACCGGACUGCAGGGGGAAAAAAGCGGGGCCCGCGUCACGGUGGCGGGACCGCCUCACGGCGGGAGUACCACACACGGGGCACCGAACACCACCUGACAGAGCCGGCCGAAGGCAUAACUUAACUACGCACCUGCUCAGGGUCCCGCGACCACUCGGGGGGGCCCCAAGAACAGUUGCCCAUCAAGUGAUUUUAUUUCUCAUUUUUUUAUUCUAUACAUUCUAUUAAGGAAGAACAGAGUAACAAAAAACUUGAAUGUUUGGAUGAAGUUUUUUUUCGGGACUAUUGCUUUAAGUGAACUUUUGUACAUUUUUCAAUGUAACUAAUUAUUCAAAUGUAUUUUUGUUUUUUUAAAACAUUUUGUGUGUCUGUUUUUUGUGUGUGUGUGUUUGUUUUGUGUGUCCCAUAUGUGUGUGUCUCCCUUAUGAAUGUGUGUUAAUCGUGUGUGUCCCCCCCUGUAUGUGUCUCUGUUCAGGUGUGUGUGUGUCCCAUAAUAAUGAAUGGAAUGUCUGUGCAUCCAAUGUGUGUGCCCCUUAUGCAUGUGUCCAUCCUGCGUGUGUGUGUGUGUGUGUUUGUACAAACAUCGUGUGUGUUUGUGUGUCUCAGGUAUGUGUAUGUGUCCUAUGUGAGUGAAUGUGUGUGACUUUGUGUCUUGUUUGAAUGUGUGUCCAUCCUGUGUGUGUCCUGUUUCAGUGUGUCCCAUAAAUGUAUCCUGUGUGAAUGUGUGUCUCUUUUCUGUGUGUCCCAAAUGUGCAUGCAUCCCAUAUUUUCUGUAAUACCGGUACUCUCUCUCUUUUGCUUUUUAAACAUUUUAAGCUAUAUAUCUAUACUGGCCCAAAUCAAAUGGUGCUUGGGGCCCCUUGGGCGGGCUCUGUCAGCUGACACUGUGACUUGUUGCGAUUGGUUGCCGUGGCAACAUCAAGCACAUCUCAGACUUUGCAGCACGGGGAUCAAUCCUCCAUCCCCCUUGUCUUGUCCUUUUCUGGAGACGUUAUGGAACCUUUGUGUUACUGUACACAAACACACACAAACGCGUUCUCUGUGGUCCUGUCGUACUGUAUUCGUUACCUGUGCGAGUGAAGAAUUUUUUAGCCAUAAACACGGGGCGAGGAAGGCACUUCACAUUCCCCUCCACCCGAAAAAAAAACGUCAGACACUUUUGCCAGCAGUUACUGUAACAAUAUUUACCCGCAUGCGCUAAAAACUUUCUACUAGUGUACAUAAAUGAACACGACAAGCACAGCUCGCAUUUUUAUCUGACACUUCCAUCCUAUACGAAUCUUGUUGUAUUCUUUUUUUUUUUUUAAUGAAACGGUCAAAUGACAUCAUGUUUGUCUGCAUGUGCUGUUCACACCCAAACUGUCAACUGCACCACUUUUAAGCUCUUCUACAUUAUUUCAGUCACGCAUCUUCCUUUGAUUUUCUUUUCCCUGUAAGAAAUUAUUUUCGUUUUCAUUUUGGUAAAGUAAAGGAUGUUCGUCUUUGUGUGUUCACAACCAAACACCCAACAGCAUAAUUAUCAAAGAUCUGUAUUAUUUCAGUUACAAAUAAUUGUUUUAACCUUUUAUUAUUAUUGUUUAAAACAGACAAAUCUUUUCUUUUUGUUAAAGUGAAGUCGACACAUGACAUAAUUAACAUGAUGAGAUCGACCCAAAAUCUCAACUCCACUUUCAAAAGUCCUUCUAUAUUAUUUGAGUCACAUGGUUGGUUGUUUUUGCCUGAAAUUGAUCUUCUCUUUUUUCCAUCACAAUGUUGCUGUUUUGUUUUUGGUAAUGUGAAGCAGUCACCUGACAUGAUGAUGAUUGUGAUGGUGAUUAUGAUGAUGUUGAUGUUCGUCUGCAUGUGCUUCUCACACCCAAACGUGUAACACUGUUCUAGAAAGAAUUUUCAGUUACAUGUCGUUCCUGUUUUUACCUUAAAUGUAGUGUAUAUCUUGCAUAAGAAACAAAUCUUGUUUUCCUUUUGGUAAAGUCAAUCAUUCCGAUGACAUAAUGAUGAAGAUAAUGACACAGACAAUUUUAAAGCGCUGCUUCUUCUAGAUUAUUUCAGUGUGCAUUUUAAGAGUUUACGUUCGUUAUGAUGAUCCAUGUUAGCUCAGGGUGCGGGAGUGGCUAAGGGAAUGAAAUAAAUAGGCCAUAUUUAUAUAUACAGUAUAUAUAUAUAUAUAUAUAUAUUCAUGAAGAGUGCAGUUAUAUCACCGUGUAUCAUUUACGUCAUAUGAAGGCAGAACUACUCCGGUAAAUAUUGCACAUGUACGCCGAUAUUUGUAGAAGAGGUCAUAUUUGUAUUCAGUCUAUUAUCUAAGAUCAUAAAUGUUAAUAUAUUUCAAAAGUAUGUGUAUGCAAAUAUGUGAGUUCCAUCAAUAAAAAUCAUCUUUUUUUCUUUA